AUGCAAUUCUCAACUGUCGCUUUAUUCGCCGCCACUGCUGCUAUCGUCAACGCUCAAGUCACCCAAACCGUUGAAUCAACCACCUUGGCCACCAUCACCGACUGUGCUUCAACUGUUUCAUCAUGCCCAGCUCAUUCAACUUCUGCUGCUGGUAACGGAACCACUCCAUCCAACAGCACCGUCGCCAGUGUCUCCACCUACGAAGGUGCUGCUGCUAAGCAAUACGCUGCUGGUGCCGUUGCUUUGGCUGCUGGUGCUUUAUUGGCCUUAUAA